UCGUACGGUCCGAAGUUCCGAUUCCGAACCAACCCCGUUAGUCUAAGUGCAACUGUUGUGCCGAGAAGGUGUGCCAGGAUACAGCGUCAGUCAGGCUAUCGGCGCUGUUCUGUGGAUGAGCGCUCUGCUGGAGAUGAUGAGAUUGGCCGAGUGUCUUCUUCGUUCUGACUUUCCAGUUUGGGAAUCUUAGGAAAACGCUGAUGCUAAAGAUUUUGCUGUAAUGUUUUGAAGUACUAAUUGCGAAUAAAACUAUCGAUGCUGUAAUUACCAUUAAGGGAGGAUUCAGAAUAAGUCAAAUGAUGCUGUAAUCGCUGUUAGUGAAGAUUAGAAUACAACUAUAGUGUUACUGCAAAAACCAUUCGUGAAAAUUCGAAGUAUAUGAAAUUCUUAUGUAUUUGCAGUCGUAAGAUUUUAUGAAGUACUAAAUAACGUUCUGAAAAACCUGCAUAGAUUUAAUAUAAUGAGAACCUUCCUAUAAAACUGAAUGUCUUGUGUUUUAGAAAAUAAAAUCCGAUGAAACGAUAAUAUUGUAUAUUAACUGUGGCAAACAUACUAAAAUGCAGAAGGAGAGUGGUAGACAUUAACAUUAAUCCAACAGAAAUUUGGACGAGACUGAAUAUUGCAUCGUAGUACUAUCAUAAAAUUCUUAACAUCAAAUGCCAGUGUGCUAAGUGCUAAAUUUGUACAGAUAAUAACUGGGGAAUGGACUGAAAAAUCUGAAUGAGGCUGAACAUAAUGCAUUUAUUUUGAUCAAUCAUAAAACGCCAGAUGACAAUAUAAUCAAUAUAUAUCUGUGAAGCAAAAGGAUAACCAGCUAUGGGUGUUAUGACCAAAGGAAAGGGAGGCGGCUCUCUAAGGGACGUCUUGCUCGGCGGAGGAAGAGGUGGGAUCAGUGGAGGGGGCGGAGGACCCCCAGGAAGCAGCGGCGGAGGCACUAGCCGAGGAGGAGGAGGGGCACUCACUUGGCGCUCUCUGAGGUCGGUCUCGGGCACCGUGGAUGCCGUGGAUCCUCAAGGACAUUUCUUCCCAGCGAAGUUGGCACUUUCACUGGCCAUUCUCAAACUCAUACUGGCUAUAUUCAUGAUCUCCCUGGGGGCACUCGCUCUUGUCCUACAAGCCGCCCUCUCCUCGCUGGGCGCGGGGCUUUGGGCCGGCGCUGUGGUGGGCGUGUCUGGCUUUCUCGGAGUGUGCGCCUCUCGACGCCCUUACGCUCACGUUUACGUCGUGAGUUUCAUGUGUAUUGCUAUCUUGUCAAUGGCCUCUUCUGGAUUGCUGAUCAUCUUAUCGGCCACGGCUUGGGCCAGAGACAACCAGCAUCCGACGGCAGUUUUCGUUGAGGAGGAAACCCAAGAAGAAGUCAAGGUGCUCGGGGAAGUAUUAGUACGGCGUCCCGCUGUUCUGGUAUCCGGGGCGUUAGUCCUCAUAGGGGUGUUGGACUGCAUGGUCAGUCUCGCCUGUGCCACAGUCAGUGCCCGCGAGGCGUGCGGACUCUACUCCAAAAGUGAAGACCGUGCCCAGGGUCUCUCAGAGGGGCAUAACCGUAAGGAGAGGCUGUACAGGUGGCUAGGACAACAGAAAACGAUAUUCCCCAUUGGAUCGUCACAGCCUCACCCGAGAGGUGGCAUAUCCGCAGUUUCACAGUUCGUACCAUUGUCUUCAUCCGAUUCUUCAUCCUCGGCCACUCCUCGAAAAACCUCGUCUGAUCCCUCUGGAACAUUCUCCAACCCCCUCUCCGUCCACCACCAGACUCAUCACUCAUCCGCCAUUCCUUCUACAGCAACUUCUCAAAUCACUCAAAAUACCCCUUCUCAUGUUCCAUCAUCUGCUAAGAGUAGCAGGGUGACUCACGAGUCUCUGCCGUCCAUACUUAAGCCAUCGUCUCUACCAGGUGCGCAGUCUGCACACUCUCUAGUACCAUCCACGAAGUACCUUCCUCAAUCCAAACAUCACGAGGGGCAGCAGCUCAAACAGAGACCGCAACCUGAACCCUCUCAGUACCCCUCUGGAUUCUACCACCUGCAGAACGCAGAGAAACAACAGUUUCACCCGCACUUGCAGCAUCCAGGUCUUCCACAGCAUCUGCCUCCUUUGCAGCCUUAUCCACCUUAUCCCAUGUAUCCUCAGCAAGCUCCAAUUCAUCAUCAACUUUAUCCUACCCACACGUCCCAUCCAUCGCUUUUCUAUCCUCAUUUGUUGACGCCCAUGAUGCCAGUACAGCAGGACCAUCCCCAGCAACCAAGGAAGCACAAAAGCAAGCACCCAGAGAGCCGGAAACACAAACACAAAGAAGAAAAGAAGGAGAAGAAAUCCAAGAAGAAGAAAGAGUUGACGGACGAGCAAAUAGAACGCUCCUACACCGGCCUCGACAGGGAGAUCGCGGAGGAGUUCAUUGAUUCGGCGAUGGAACCGGCGGUGUCCAUUCACAGAGCUCUCAAUACUAGUUUCGAGAUCGAUUCGUUCUGAGUCUGAUGACUCCUUUCUCUCAUAGCCUGUAAUGUUCUAUUCUAUGUCUUUUUUUUUUUUUUACGUUUGUUUUUGUAGUGUUCUGUUAGAAAUAAGAUGCAAUUACGUUACUUAUAAUUUUAGUUAGCUGGAAAAAAAAAUACGCCAAUGUGUUUGUGGCUAGGUCUAAUUUGCUCGUCUUUUCAGUCUAGUAAUAAGUCUAUCGAAGCCCGUUUUAUGAGAUACUGAAACGUAGGUACGUUUUGCUCUAUCAGAAAUGUGCAUUUAUCGCUCAAUUUCAUCGAUAAGACAGAUUUGUUAUUAAUAUAUUCUAAAGUAAAGUGGUUUGGUCUGUUUCAUAAGCACUUUUCGUUUAAGAAAAAACUAAACUUCAGUGCAAUAUUUUUUCGCCUUCAAAAGGCCAAGCAGUGGUCUUUUGGACAUUAAACAGUAUUAUAUAAAAUUAUAGAACACAAAAAUUCUCAAGUUGUGUGUGAGAAUAUUAUUUGUUCUCGUUGUCUACAAUAUGCCACAGUAUUAGUUACAUAUCCUGUUAAAGAUAUUUUU